AUGGCAAAAGAAUCAUGGCGUUCUAAAACUUCUCUACUGCAUUGCAAACAGGCGGGAUUACAUGCUAUCAGCCCUGUUAAGAAUGCAUCUAUGGUGAGAUACAUUAAUGUUGUCCACAGUCCUUUCUGUUAUGAAUGGUAUCUGGCACACCACAGAAUCAUCACUGAUGAAACAACCGAUACUUUUAGAGUUUGGAUUGUGGACCCCUUGCAUUCUUCAAGUGAAGAAGAGAAUCAGACAGCAGUUCUACCAUCAUCAUUUUCAGCUCAACUCUCUACAAUAUUCAACAAAUUUGGACAAGAACCAUUCAUAAACCUGAGGUCAGGCUACAGAUCAAUACCUUCCCCUAUAAACACCAUUAGCAAGGGAUUUAACAGCAAUACAAGUUGUUGGGAGUUCAUAAUGGAGGAACCAAUCGUUGACACUCAGCUAACCGUUUGGAUUACUGGGAAAUCGAUUGCAUUUCACGACUGCUUUAUCAGGGACAAACGGAUACAGCUUCUUUUGCCAAAAUACGUCUUUGAUUUUGACGACCAGAUCCAAAAGGUUCGACUGAUUGGAGAAGGUCAAUAUCCACGAGUUAUAACGGUUAGCAGUUCCUCUAUUUUACCAGUAUAA